AACCAACGAACCAAAAUAAAGAGCUGUCCAAGUUUUGCUAACUUGUUAUUGAGUCACCAUCUACCACUCAUGUUCACCACUCUCUUAAAAUCUCCCAUUCCUUUCUUUUCUUCCUUCAACUCAACCCAAAACCCUUCCAAAACCCAGAAAGGAAAUCACUCUUUCAACAAAAAUUCCAAAUUCUCAGUCUCAAAAACCCACAGGAAUGGCCCCAUUAAGAUGCCAACACCUCCAUGGAUGAAGGGUCCUCUCCUUCUCCAACCCGAUGAAGUGUUAAAUGCUUCAAAACCCACUACUAAAAGGAGCUCAAACAACAAUUCAAAGGCACCUGAAAAGGCAUUGUUUGGAAAGGAAAGCGGGGUGAGAGGGAAGAAAGUGAUGAAAAAGAUCAUCAGAGACGUGGAAAAGCUACAAGGGAAUGGAGCUUUAGACGAUACCCAGAUUGGGAAAUUUGAAGAAUUUGAGAUCGGGAAUUGGUUGGAGGAGAUUGGAAGUGAUGGGGAAGUGAAAAAAUUUGAUAGGAAAAUGCCGUGGGUCAGAGAAGAAGAGAAAGUUGUGUUUAGGAGGAUGAAAAAGGAGAAAGUUUUGACACAGGCUGAGAUUAUUCUUGAUAACGAUUUGCUUGAGAGACUGAGAAAAAAGGCUACGAGGAUGAGGAAAUGGGUUAAGGUGAUGAAAGCUGGUGUAACUCAGGAUGUUGUUGAUGAGAUAAGGUUGGCUUGGGGGAACAAUGAGCUUGUUAUGCUUAAAUUUGGUGUUCCUUUGUGUAGAAAUAUGGAUAGAGCAAGUGAAAUUGUUGAGAUGAAGACUGGGGGCUUGGUUGUAUGGUGCAAGAAAGAUAUUCUUGUUGUUUAUAGAGGACAGAACCACUGGCUGACUUCAAAUGGUCAAAGAGUAUUCAAUAACUUGGCCUCAGACAAUAAUACUACUAUGUCUCCAGAAAAAUCUAAUGCAAGUACUUGGAGGAGAAGUUUGAAUGGAGAAGACAGAGAUGAGAAUAAUCAACCAGUAGUUGGAUCACUGUAUGAGAGGGAAACUGAUAGAUUAUUGGAUGGUUUAGGACCUCGCUUUAUUGACUGGUGGAUGCGAAAGCCAUUACCAGUUGAUGCUGACUUGCUUCCAGAAGUGGUUCCUGGCUUUAAGCCUCCAACAAGACUUUCUCCUCCUAAAACUAGACCAAAAUUGACAGAUGAGGAGUUGACGAAUUUGAGGAAGCUCGCUCAUCCUUUACCUUUUCACUUUGUUCUCGGGAGGAAUAGGAACCUUCAAGGCUUGGCCAAUUCUAUCUUGAAAUUAUGGGAAAAGAGUCUCAUAGCAAAGAUUGCUAUAAAGUGGGGGGUACAAAAUACUGACAAUGAGCAAAUGGCUAAUGAGCUUAAGGAUCUCACGGGGGGAGUUUUGUUACUAAGGAAUAAGUUCCUUAUAAUAUUCUACCGGGGGAAGGACUUCCUUCCUCAAGGUGUUGCUAAUUCUGUAAUGGAGAGAGAAAUGGCACUCAGGAGAUGCCAACUUAUUGAAGAAGGUGCUCGAGUCAAAGUAGCCGAAACCUUUCAGGUUGCUAAUGAUUCUUUGGCGAAGACUAGCACUGUAGGAACUUUAGCAGAAUUUCAGGAUAUUCAGACCAAAUAUGGAGUCCUGGAAAAAGAAAAUAAUGAACUCGAAAUUCAAAUAGAAGCUCAAAAGGAAAACUUAGAGAGGGAAUUGAGAAACCAAGAACGCAAACUUGCAAUUCUCAAUGGAAAGAUAGAGAAGUCAGCUAAAAAGCUAGCAAAGUUGAAUUCUUCAUGGCAAACUGCUGAGCCAGAUUUGGAUCUCGAAACCAUUACUGAAGAGGAGAGAGAAUGCUUGCGGAAGAUUGGACUGAAGCUAAGUAGUUGCUUAGUGCUUGGUAGGCGUGGGGUCUUUAAUGGCGUCAUAGAAGGAGUACAUCAACACUGGAAGCACAGAGAAGUUGUCAAGGUAAUCACAAUGCAGAGAGCAUUCCUACGAGUUAUCUAUACUGCAAAAAUGCUUGUAGCGGAGAGUGGUGGGAUUUUGGUUUCAGUGGAGAAGCUAAAAGAAGGUCAUGCCAUAAUCAUCUACCGUGGGAAAAACUAUCGACGCCCUUCGAAGCUAAUGACUGAUCAUCUCCUAACUAAGAGGGAAGCAUUACAAAGGUCUAUUGAAUUACAGAGAAUCGGAUCAUUGAAGUUUUUUGCAUAUCAGCGACGACAGGCAAUCUUAGAUUUGAAACUCAAACUGGCCAAGUUGGAGGAACAAGGAGUUGCUAGUCCACAAGGGUGAUAAGCCACUGACUUAUGUUCUAUGGAUCAUGAGAUCUCCUGAAAGUUUCCUCUUUAGUCAAUCAUCAUAUUAUAUGACUGUGGCUCAUGGCAAAAAUAAGGAGUGAAUUCUAGAUGAGACAGUUGCACGAGCCAAAAGAAUGAGCGUCCCUUUGUGCAUUGAUGUCAGAAAUGUAUGGCGAGUUAUCCAAGCUUUUGACUGCGAUGUGGGGAAACUUAAACAAGAUAGCUUAUUACUUCUGCAAGUAUGAUUCAGACAGUUUAAGCUUGGGAUGCUAGUUGCUACACAUGAAAAACCGUGCUGAAUGCUACUGUGAUGAUGACCUACAACAUUAUCCUGAAUCCAUGGCGGGAGUUCUUGAGCCCUGAAUAUCAGUCAUGUAUGAAGGUCACCCAACCAAUGGUUUUUCUUACUGGGUUGAUGUCAUCAAGUUAUCCCUUGGUGCAGCUAUAACUAUUAUGGACGAGCAUGUGUAGAUUUGCAGGUUUUGAAUUGCAUAGUUUGUGUUAUAAUGCCAUGCUUGAGAGGACUGUAUUCGGCCUUUUCUGAUUUUCAGGUUCUCUAGCACAUAAGCCCCCUUGAUGGAAGCCACUAAGUCGUCAUGACGGUAUCAUUUGCAGCAAACUAUUUUAAAAGUUUUGAAACAUGUCUAAUUUGGGAUGGCUUUAGUGCAAGAGUACAACGUCAGCAUUCAGUGGCAUCAAAUAGUGAGCUAGGAAAACAACAAAACACCGAGUUUGACAAACAAUUGCAGGAAGUAAACGAAGUCUUUCCUUCCGAAAGAAACUCCUGAAGUCACGUCUUUCAGUACUGGGACUGAAGUCAAGUACUUUCCAGUUGCUCUUUCUUGCUCUGUAUAUUUCUAACCAUAACUGGGAAUAAUACUCCAAGCCGUAGCAGUUAGUCGAAAUUUCAGUCUCUAGUUUUAGUUGGAGGCUAGAUUUGGGAAGUCGCACACGCACACUCAUAUUGUAUGUAUAUUUUCACAUAUUAUAAUCAUGCUCUUAAAGUAUCAUAUCACAUUUUAAUUAUUUUUUGAUAUUAUAUUUGAGUGGUAACUCAAAUUAUCAAGUUUGGUCAAUACACAUGCGGAGGACCCAAAACUUUGCCAUUUUCUUCA